AAUGCUGGGCUUCUACAAAGGAAUAUUCCCUCCCAUCUUGGCUGAGACACCCAAAAGGGCGGUGAAGUUUUUCACCUUCGAACAGUAUAAGAAGCUACUAGGAUAUGCAUCAUUACCACCAGGACUGGCAUUUGCAGCUGCUGGCUUGGGAUCUGGGUUGACAGAGGCAGUUGUGGUUAACCCUUUUGAAGUCGUCAAGGUCACUUUACAGACAAAUCGGAACGCCUUCGCAGAGCAACCAUCUAGCUUCGUCCAAGCUCGGCAGAUCAUUAAAACGGAUGGUCUGGGCUUCCAAGGACUCAACAAAGGUCUUACUGCAACACUGGGCCGUCACGGUACUUUUAACAUGGUUUACUUUGGAUUCUACUUCAAUGUGAAAAACAUUCUUCCAGUCAAUAAAGAUCCAAAUUUGGAGUUUUUGAGGAAAUUUGGAAUUGGGCUAGUCUCAGGAACAAUAGCCUCAAUUAUUAACAUUCCUUUUGAUGUUGCAAAAAGUAGGAUUCAAGGACCACAGCCAGUUCCUGGACAGAUCAAGUACAGAACCUGUUUUAAAACUAUGGCAACAGUCUAUAAAGAGGAAGGAUUUCUGGCUCUGUACAAAGGCUUGGUUCCCAAGAUCAUGAGACUUGGUCCAGGUGGUGCAGUGAUGCUUUUGGUUUACGAAUACGUUUAUGCAUGGCUUCAGGACACAGUUGAUCACAAGCAGCACGUCUGAAAAAUGUACUCUUUAAAAUUAUUUUCGUUUUACAGUACACUUUAAAAAAGUAAAAGUGAUUCUCA